AGUGGGCGGCUGGAGGUAAUUUUAAAGCGACUGUUCUGGCACGCACUGGUUUUAGUAUGGCUGUAAAUUUCUAGCUGGUCGGAAUUUCUAGCUCUUUUGUCACACCACUUGUAGAGUAGCUUACAAAGAGAAUUGUCGCCACGAUUAUUUUCAAUUUUCAGCAUAUUUUAUAAUCAAUAUGAUAUAAAGAUACAAUUCAAAGAAGUUAUGCCGACCGAACACAAAAGCCAGGGCCGCAUAUUUUAAAAACAAUUUUGUAUAAAUUAUGAAACUGUUUCUCAGCUUUCUCGCUUUCUUUUCAAUCAAUCUUGUGUCAGAUCAAUAUGGCAACAGUUGCUAACGGAACGGGAAAGAGACGAGCCCUGAAGAAACGACCCGACACAAAUGAACGGAACAGAGCCAGUAUGGAUGGUGAAAAUACUCCUGUCAAGGAUUCUGACAUGAUGGAUUUGGAGUUUAAAAAGGAAUUCGAUGAGGUUAUGGGGUAUCUCGAGAAUCUUCCUUCUAAACAACGACUCAUUCUGAAUAAUUGGCUGAAGAAGCUGAAAAAAGCAAGCGAUGAAACACAAGAGCUGAAGAAUUGGAGAGAGGUGAGAAACGAAUACAUAGCUCUGAUGAACAACCAACUCCGCAGAUCAGAUAUUAUCGAGCCCUUCACGUCACGGCCACAGUUCGGACCUCUCCGUCCGGUUCCCAAAAAACUUGCCUACACAAAAAUGAAGUUUACCCUCUGCGCGGACGAGGAAAGUGGCUGAACAUAGCACCUUUUGUAACAAACGCUGCGGGAUAUUUUUCAUCUUUUGCUUGUUGAAUUUCAUAUUGUUAUCACUUCAAGACAUUUUAGUCUCAGUGCUGGAGCUAAAGCCUAAAUGUGAAAGGAGUUUGUACUGCUAUAUGCGAAUUUGAUGAACAAUUGUAAGUCAGUUGGAUUCAAGUCGACCCAGAUACUCAAAUAUGAUAAUAAUAUGAAGACAGCACAAUCAGUUCAAGUAGCUUCUUUUGGUAAAGAUCGAAAAUUAAUUUUAGAAAUAUGUCAUUUUGUAAUUCAAAUUUUCGAUAAUAUGGUUAACCGAUGACAUUUAACCAUUGCAAACUUUUCGGAGUUUAUAUUUUUUGAUCACGGCCAAAUUUCCUUUAAAACCAUUUGAAUUUAUAUAACCUUUGAACUUUUCAUUCAGGAACUUAAUAAGUAAUGUCAUAUGUUCUUAUAUAUAC